GGAAGAUGGCGCUGUGGCGACGGCUCCUGUGAAGGAGGCUCCACUCCUCCCUUGAAAGCAGCUGUAGGGGGUGGGGGAAACAAGAUGCCGGCUCACUCCCCCAAGUCCCGGAACCGAGAGCGGGAGCCGAAGGGCGGCGGCGGCGGCGGCGGGGGGAGGCUGGAUUUCCUGGUGCUGAGCAGGCCGCCUGCCCUCCUGCAGAGAGCGGCCUCCGCCGAGCCUCCCUCACCCCGGCACCGGGCCGUGCAGCAGCAGCAGCAGCAGCAGCUGGAAGGCCCGGGCUCGGGCCUCCGCCGGGACUCGGCCGCCUCCUCCUCCUGCCCGCAGCCCGACGAGGACUGCAUGAAGCUGAACCCGUCCCUGCUCGGCAUCGCCCUGCGCUCGCUGCUGGCCAUCGACCUGUGGCUCUCCAAGCGCCUGGGGGUCUGCGCCACCGAGGACUCGGCUUGGGGCAGCGCCCGGCCCAUCAUGAAGCUGAUCGAGGUGUCGGGCCACGGCAUCCCCUGGAUAGGAGGCACCUUGUACUGUCUGUGCAAGAGCGAUAGCACCGCCGGCCAGGAAGUGCUCCUCAACCUACUGCUGGCUCUGAUCUUGGAUCUGGUCCUGGUAGGCAUUGUCAAGUCACUGGUCCGCAGGCGUCGGCCCACACAUAACAAGAUGGACAUGUUUGCCACGUUCUCUGUGGACAGAUACUCAUUCCCGUCGGGCCAUGCAACUAGAGCAGCAUUGGGAGGCCGAUUCUUCCUCAAUCACUUAGUUUUAGCUGUUCCUCUGCGUAUUCUGGUUGUGCUGUGGGUGUGUAUCGUGGGACUGUCACGAGUGAUGCUGGGAAGACACAAUGUGACUGAUGUUGUUUGUGGAUUUAUCAUGGGGUAUCUGCAGUAUAGCCUGGUGGAGUAUAUGUGGUUGUCAUCUAGUAACCUGCAGAUAUUCCUGAGAUUGUGGGGACUUAAAUAAUUAUGUAUUAGUGUAGAAUUUUUCUUUGCAAGGUAUGUGUGUUCCAACCUAUGAUUGUACUGUAUACCCGAAACACUAUGUAGCUUGGUCGGGUUGAAGUGUUUAAUUACUUGAUUUUAUAUGUUAUGACCUUUCACUUUGAGACUGGAUCUUAUUUUAGCCAAUCUAGGUUAACCUUCAGAACUGCCAGAACAACCUCUAUGAAAACAUUAUUUCUGCUUAUUUCCCAAUUCUUGCGCAUUUGUCUGUUUAGGUGAAAGGAGGCAAAUUGAGAAGCGUUUUCCAUUUCUUUCCCAGAGUAUAUGAGGUACCAUCAUGCUAUCUAUGGUAUAGAUCAGAUGCACUUUCCAGGCUUCUGUUUUGUGAGCCUCAAAUCUAAAGAGCAGUCUUACUACUAGCCCAGUCUGACAUUACAUUACAGCCUUCAGAGUUAUAAAUGGUGAAUCAGUCAAGUAUUUCAGGCCAGUUUUCCUAAUGUGGAUUCCUCUCCCCAGGAACGUAAGUAGCUGGUCCUGAAUUAAUUUCAAUCCCAUUGGUGGAAAAGCUUCUGUCCCACCUAUUUGAGCUACGUUUUAGCCAGGUCCCCGAGGCAAAAACCAUUUUAGCUGUUCUCUCUGAUUUCUGCCAGGGCCAUUGUGUGCUAACCAGGAACUCGUGUAAAAUGCUCUCUGUAGGUUUUUUUUUUAUUCAUGAAUAGCAAAUAGGUAAAGUUCAAUAAAAUGCUAACCCUUAACUCCCUCUGUAGUUUUAACAUAUUUUAAAAUAGAUCCUGGUCAUUCCUUUACAGGAUUCGUUAAGCCUGUGAAAUUCUCCCCCCACCUCCCUUAGAGGUGCAGAUAAAGCUGAAAAUCAACAUGUUUCCCUGUUUUGGGCAGGUGCAUGAUUUACUUAUCUUUCCAUGGGCACCACGUUUCCAUCACAGUAAAGCUUACUACCUGCUGAAUGAUUUAAUGGCACAGUUUAUCCAGCUGUCUGUAGCGAACAAAACUGCAAUAUAAAAUGUAAAAAUGAAUUACGUUUUUUGCAUCCCCCUUUUGUUUCUGUUUUUUCUUACUGUUUACCCCCUCACUGUCCCCACCACCAAGUACAGAGCUAUUCCUUUCUGUGCAUGAGUUCAACCAGCAAUUUGUGCAUAUUUGAUUUUUUUAAUAGUUUAUUGUAAGUAUCGUCUCCUUCCCUAUCCAAUAAAGGCACCAAGCCUUCAUCCAGUGCCUUUCCUCUGGCAGCUACUGACAUGAUGUUAUGAAUAGGGAAUGCUGAACGCAACCUACUGUUUUUAUCAUAUGUAGAAAGUGCUAUAAAAAGACCUGCUCUUCUAACCAGCAGUUUCAAAGCAUGUGACGCAACUGCACUGAUGACAGCUAUUCCAUAAAAUGCACUUCUCCUUCCAGAAACAUUUUUUUUUACUAUCCAUUGGGAGCAAUUCCUAUGCAUUGCAACUUAGUGACAUUCCAGAACCCAUAUCCUCCAUGUAAGUAGAUACAUAUAUAUAUAUGUGUGUGUGUGUGUGUGUGUAAAAUAGAUGUGCUGUUUUAGGUGUGACUCUAUUGUCCAGCUAGCAUGCUUUUGUUGUCCAUUCUGCAAUGUCUGUAGGUUGUCUGUUUUACUGGAGUUGUACAAUGCUUCUGCACAGCUUUUACAGAAGUCCCAAAUCACUUACAUGAUUCCCCACUGAGGCAACAGGCAAAUUGAAGUUCCCCCAAAUCACCAACACAGCUUGCUACGAUCUUAGAUAUUAGUUUUUAUUGUGGGUUUACAAAUUCCCAGCUUAUACUAUGCAUGUACUAUGUAGAUUUACCUGAUAAGGAAAGUGUUGCCUCUUAAUCAGCAUGCAAUGUGUUAUGAAAUUAAAUAAAUUUAGUUAAAUUUUUUUAAAGAUAGACCAGUUUUAUUAUUCAGGCCAACUGGUUUUACAUCAAGAUUUAAUUAAAAAUAUGGAUCGUACCAGCUGUGUGCAAAUGCAAAAAUGUUCAACAUCCUUCACAAUUCAUUGAAAUACAACUAUUAGUCUAUCACAUUCAAGACAACAUUUUGCAUAUUUUAAAAUACACUUAUUUACAGAAAUGUUAAUAAAACCAUCCUUUUGUAUUUACGACCUUCAGUGUGGCAGCUAAGGUGUCCAAACAUUUGCUUGAAUAAUAUAUUCUGUGAUAAUAUAACUGAGAGAAGUUGUGCCAUAUAACAUGAAUAGAUUCUUCAUUUACCAUAAUGUAGAGCUGCAGUAUUAUAAACCUGAUAUUUGUGGUGUGUAAUAAUAUUUCAGUAUGUCUGUGCACAAUUGUGGUUAAUGUGUAUAAUUUGUGAAUUAUGAUAAAUAUUUUUUGGGAGCACUGAUUGCCAUGGUAAAUAUUUGUAACAGAGAAUAUUGUUCUGCCAAAGUUACACCUGUGUUGUAAUGCAAGUUAUUUCAGGCUUUCUUAAUAAUCUUCCUUUGUAUAACACUUGCAGUUCUCAGGAUUGGAAUACAAUUAAAGAGUGAUCCUGCUAACCCUAAUUAGCAACAGAGUUGUUAAUCAUCAAUUUUAUUGCUAGCUAUAAAUAACAACUGACUGUGUGGUUGUGUUUGCCAGUUUUGCAAAACUAAUUAGCACAGAGAAGCAGCAAUUCUUCUCAUUUACUGGGCCUGCCAUAUUUAAUCAGUGCCUGAGACACUAGAACUCGACCUGUGCACUUUCCCAUCUUUACCAAAGUAUGACCAUACCUCUGAACAAUGCUUAGGUUAGUCGUAGAUCCUGGAGUAUUUGUGGCCUCUUGGGCUGGCUAGUACAUUUUCUGACUGGAACAAAUAUAAAUAUUAAGACACUGUAUCUACCUAGUCGUCAAGACAAUGUCAGCAUAAGUGUUAUAAUAACUCUGUAGCACAGAAAUACUAGGGGGAGAUGAUGGCGUAAUGGUAAUGUCACUGGACUUGUAAUCCAGAGGUCCAAGCGAAUGCUCUGGGGACACCCCGGUUCAAAUUCCACCAAUAAACCUAAAUUGAAAGCUAGUUUCAAUGAUGGUGACCAUGACAACUAACAUCGGUGGUCAUAAAAGCCUAUCUGGUUCACGAAUGCCUUUUAAGGAAGGAAAUCUGCCCUUAUCUGCCUGGCCUACAGGUAAUUCCAGACCCACAGCAAUGUGGUUGACUCUUAACUGCCCUCUAAAAUGAUGUGGCAAGACACUCAGUUCAAGGGCAAGUAGAAAUGGGCAACAAAUGUUGGCCUUGUCAGCGACACCCACAUCCCAUGAAAGAAUUUUUAAAAUUGCAAUUUUUUAAUGAAGUAAAUCAUCUUAUUCAGCUCAUCUUAUUUCCUGUUUCUAUUUGGGUUUUCAAGUUUUUCUUAUAGCUUGGCUUUUGCCCCUUUUCUAGACCUCCCAUUGAUUUCAAAACACUUUCCAGUUCUCUUUGCCUCCUCCAGCCUAUGAUAAUUUGGAGGUGGAGACCAAUCAAAAUGCAUCCUUGAUUGCCAGAAAACUGCUUUAAUGAGGCUGCUUUUCAAUAUAGAAUUAUAUUGGAUCACCACCACGGGAUUUAUAAUUUGAUUGUGAUGAUGCACAAUUUUUAAUUUUACACUGAGGGAAAUCUAUACAUUGCAAAAUGACUCAUUCAGGGUGAGAUUCUGGCAAGUUUUGAAGGGAGGUGGAAAAGAAGUGUCCUGGUUGGCUUUAAUUGAAGCAGUUUAGAAAGAAUAUUAGAUGAUAUUUACUGAGUACACUUGAAGAUCAUAGCUGAACAGAAAGUACUUUAAAAUGUAAUUUAAUAAGUGCAAAGUGUCACAGAAAGAUGAUUGCACUGAAGAAUCUUUUAUACGGUUGUUCUGAAUUUGGGAAUUAAUUUUCAUUUUGCUUGAUUACCAUGCAGCAAGUGGUCUGUCACAAAUGUCUGUUCAUCACUUCUGAUUAAAAUGCAGUGUCUCAGCUAUUCAGAUGUAUCUACUCUGAAAAGCUGCCAUAGAUUACUGCUUCUUUGAUAAAUUUACAAAGACAUUGGAAAUAAUAUAAUUAAGGAUAAAUGAGGGUUUUUUUUACAUUUGCUUUUUAUCAGAGGUUUAAAUGUAACUUUGUUCCAAUUCUUCCUAGUUAAAGAUAUUAACAUGUCUGACAUUGGGUAUCUAUGUGCUAUCUUUAAAAUGAUGUGAUAUGUUGACAUAACUUGCUGUGUGUAAAAAUAUGAUGAGAACAAAUCUGGUUACAAAUGUGCAAUUGUCAUUGAAUAUUUUGUGCCUCCUAAAUUAUUUUCUACAAUAAAAAAAAGUGUGAACUUUA